CUUCAUCAUGGUGGAUUGUAUUAUAAGUCUUGAAAAUAACACUGCAGGAGUUUUCAUUGCGGGAUCGGUGCUGAAAGGGACAAUAGAGUUACAUCUUGACCAGCCUAAGAAGAUCAAUGGAUUGAGUUUUCUAGUGUAUGGCAAAGCACAUACUGCAUGGAGUCAUACUAGGACAACUGAAUCCGAAACCGAAUCGGAAACUGAAAGUUUUGCAUGUGAAGGAAAUGAAAUCUAUUUAAAUGAAAAAACUGUUUUGAUUGGUCAUGAUGGUCAAGUUAAACUUGAUCAAGGAAUUCAUCGAUACAGUUUUGCUUGUCCACUGCCAUUGCUACUUCCAGGAAGCUUUGAAGCUAAGACUGGCCAUAUUCGUUACACUAUUGAAGCAAAUCUGGACGUGCCAUGGAAAUUUGAUAAAAAAAUCAAGGUGCAAUUUCAAGUUGUUCGUCAAGAAAAUCUUAAUGAUCAUCCAGAACUUAUGCUGCCUUAUGCGAAUGAGGAGACCAAAAAAUACUCAAUUUGUUGCUUCAAAUUUCAUCCUGUUGUCAUGAAGGUAUCAUUGCCUCAAACUGGUUAUUCUCUUGGACAAAAAAUUGACAUUAAUGUGAAUUAUGAGAAUUUUGGUAAAGUCAAGAUCCGAAGAACAAUUUUCAAUCUCUUUCGAGUCGACACUUUUCAUGCUGAUAAUUAUGGUUACACACACACUGAUCGUGUAAGAAUUCUCGAAUUGUAUGGUCCCGGAGUUGCAGCAGGUCAAGGAAACGUUGAUUUAUCUCAAAGUUUAUUCGUAUCCUUCGCUUCACUCUUGACUAGCGUGAAUUACUCAAAACUUAUCAAAGUUUGUUAUGAAGUUAAAGUGACAGCAGAAGUUGCUUUCUUCGACAAUAUUGAGAUGACGAUUCCUAUUACCAUCGGAACUAUUCCUCUCAAUAUGAAACCUAUAACUACAACUGCCAUUCAACAACUUCCUUCGGCUCCGUAUGAAGAACCAAUGAAAAAAAUUCCAUAUAUUGAUGAAUAAUUUACCAGCUUUGGAGAUCAAAGAUCAUUAAAAUAAUGAUUUUAUGUCACAUUCAGCGUCACUCAAGAACUAACUAAUAAAAAAGAAUCUCUUAUUUCUAUAGCAUAGUGAUUCAAAGCGCAGGACUUGGAAUCGGUGUCAAUUCUAAUUCUAACAAAAUUUUGAAAACAAAUUCCAAUUCUAAAACUUAACUUUGAACAAAUUAUCUAAUUCAUAAUUUAUACUAAGUAUCCGUACUCGGGCUUUAUUCCCGAGCCCUGAUGGGAACGCCAUUGCUUGCAAAUCAGAAUUUAUACCUUAUUAAGUUGCGAUCAUCGCUCAAUUAAUGUUGCCUUAAGUGUCUACCUCAAUUGCUUAUUAACGUCAAUCAGAUAUUUGUUGUUCAGUAAUAUACAUCAUACCUGUUGUUACUUAUAUUUAAAAUUAAUAAUAAAAAAGAAUCAAACAAUAUACCUAAUUGCCUUUCA